AUGAUUACCGCAGGUUCGCUGUACGCGACGAUCUCCGAGCAUGACAGCCUUGUCUUUGAGACGCGUGCGGAAAUCGCCAUGCGGGGAUUCAUUGCCUCGCGGGCGCAGAAGCGUGCUGACCGUGAGCGCGUGGAGGAGCUACUUUGUGAAAAACGCCGAAGCCUCGAGGAAGACCGUGCCUCCCAGAUCUCUCGCCUUGAAAUCACGCGUACCUUUCGCAUGGCAGAGGCCGUUCAAGGUAUAAUUGAUAGGGUGCGAGAUGCCGCUAAAACAAGCCUCAAGCAGAUUGAUCGCACUCCAGCUUAUUACACAGCACUUUGCAGCAUCAUUCAGGAAUCUAUAGAUACUCUUGGUGAUGAUUGCGUUUUGGUUUCGCGUGCAUGUGAUUCAGAUCAUGUCAGAAACUAUAUUGUCGGUAGGCAGUUUUGUCAUACUGUAACGUUGUCCUCCACGGAAUCGCUUCCAGAAGAUGUAAUGGGCAUCCGCUUGUACUCCGCCUCUGGAGCCGUGACCAUAGAAGAAACAUUCAAUGAGAGGAUCGACCGAGCAAUAAAGCUCUGUGAACCGGAACUAGCCCGAAUGCUCUCUCCUCCUGUUGCUUCUGCGAUCUCGUAA